CAACGUACGGAAAUUAUCAACCGUUUUUAGCUGCCGUCGCCAGAAAAUUGAGUUGUCGAAAAUUGCGCUCCUUCCAGUUGAAUCUUGGGAAAGAUACUCUGCAAUAUGCCACCAAAAAACCAAAAGCCAAAUGCUUUUAUGAUAUUCGCUUUAGAAUGGCGGAGUAAACAUGGCAAAAGGCUCUCCAUGGGAGAACUUAUAAAAGAAGCUGGUGAAGUAUGGAAGAAUAUGGAUGAAAAACAACGUGCGCCUUAUAAAGACAGGGCUAAGGAGGAACUUAUUAUGUCAAGUCGCGCUGCUGCAGAAAAAUUAACAUGUACGGGCAUGCCUGUUUCACAAGUUGAGAAGCAAAAAAUGGACCAUGAAAAUAAGGAGCGCCAAAUGAAGCGGGAUAUUGAGUCGACCGUCAGCAAAAGCGUUAAAAAUGACAAUUUGGAAAAGCAGUCGUAUUACUUUAUAAUGGUGAAUUAUUUCACAAAAACUUUGAAAGGUGGUGUUUAUGUGCCUGCCGAGCUAGCGGUUUGCAAGUUUUCUUUACUCGAGGGAGUCAGUCGAGUGUAUCACACAUUGAUUAAUCCAGGAGUCAACAUUUACGGUCAUCAGUAUGAAGCCCAGCACCACGCUGACACCACUCACAAUUUACCACUACCACCAAUGGCAUUAGGUGAUAAGAACCUUGGCAAUAUUUACAAUGAAGUUUUAAAUUUUAUUCGGGACCCAGAGACAAACUCCUACUCUCCUUUAUACACACUUAAGGAAUGCAUCCAUAUUGUCGAUUCUGUACUGGAAUUCUUAAAGGCCGACAAUGGGGCAAAUAACUUGGAUUUAAAAAUUUAUCCAAUACAGUACCUUUUUUAUAUCAUGAAGGAAGCCACUUGCGAGGUUGGAGAAAUUGAAAAGCCCAGCAGCUUCUAUAUUACGGAUGCUUACUUCGAACGUGAUUUUUAUGAAUAUCAAAUAGGAAUAGGUUGUCAGUUCCAUGAGAAAAAUGACAGAUGCAAAUAUUGCACUCAAUCAUAUGUAACUCGCUGGGGAUACAUGUUUUGCGAUUACAUGUGUCGAGAUUUGGCAAUUCGAUUGGAGCCCGGGCGACAUUGUCCAAUCAAUACUAAUUUAAAUGCCAUUAUAACUCCCGCUCCAAGCAGAAACAAUGAUACCGAAUCUAUCAUUUCAAUGAGCAAUGCCUCAACACACACUAAUCCUGUGGCCGGAUCCAAAUACUAUUACGACGACCAAAAGACGUCUAUAUCGGAUGCAACAAAUAAGACCUACACUCAAGAUUUUCCUAGUUUGGGCGCGCGCAAAGCUAAAAAAAAAUCUCCAUUGGCUGAACAAGACUCGCCUGUGCGUCAUAAAUCCUCACGGCAAAUUCAUGAAUCCGUAUUCAGUGUAGACAAUGACGAUGAUGACGACGACGACUUAAAUCCUUGGAAUUCACGUUCACAGUGCAUACCACGAGAGCCAGAUAAUUCCCACUUUGAUAUCGAAUACGGAGGGUUGAAUUCCUCCGACGCUGAUGACUGUAAUUCAGUAUCAAGUUUUGGUCGUGGUCGUGGCCGUGGCUCCCUCGUUAAUUCUUUCAGUUCGGUUGCAAGUAGCCGUGGACGCGGAAGUUACUUCCGCAACUAGAGAAACUAUAUAACCAUACCCACUUCAAUUCAGUCAUAAUGAAUUUUUGCUUUAACAUUCUAUUGUAUUCACGUUAUCAUGGAAGUCUUGAUUUAUAUUUUUAGAUUUUCAAACUUUUAAUUAAAAUCCUUUUAAUUUUCUUAAGACCAUAAAA